AUGCAAACCUUCUACAGUCCCAAGACCCUCGUGACUUGGGACGUCCGGGCUCCGGGAUGCAUGGCCCUUCAGUCAAUCAUCACUGCCUUCUUACUCUGCACAACACCAAAAGGCUCACCGCUACGAAUCGGCGUGUUACCCAUCCUCCUUUACCUCAGCACCGUCUCCAUACGAAUAGCGUCGGCCUUCUCGCUGCAGUUGAUGCUGUACCUGGGAUUCGCCGUGUGCAGCUACGUCAAUGUUUUCCACUGCUUCAAUUUUUUGUGGCUGCGCCCCUUCGACGACGCAGAUAUCCGCCGUGAGAUGAGCCGGUGGAAGGCGAAUUCUACGAACCCGGGUCUUCUAGAGCGGGUUCACUUUACCACGGGCAUGCUGUGGAGUUUCCGCGGCGUUGGGACCUCGUACGAGAUCAAAAGCAUGCCCAAGUUCCCUGGCGGCGUCGUCCCUUCGAAGCGCGCAUUCCUGCUUCAGCAAGUCGGAUGGAUUGCCUUUCAAUAUCUAUUCAUGGAUAUCGUCACGAGUCAACCGCAGGAUCCCAAGAUUGCCGAGACCUGGGCCGUGGGCAAGGAAUGGCUGUGGUUGCCGAUGAACCCGUAUCCAGUCACUAGAGAGGAUCUCAUAAGUCGGUUGAUGGGAACGCUCAUGUCUUGGUAUCUGAUCGGAUACAUGAUGCUGGAUACAUGGUACCGCCUCUUCGCGUUCGUGUUCGUCGGGCUUGGCAUCUCCGAGGUCAGGCAGUGGCCGCCGAUGUAUGGGACCUACAGCCAGUGUUGUACUUUACGCGGAUACUUUAAUCACUUUUGGCAUCAGUGCCUAAGAUUGCCCCUGCAGGGCGCCGCCAGAUUCAUAACACGCCGGCUUCUUCGCCUGCGACCUUCUUUGAUGGAGUCGUACGUGACCAUGCUCGUCAUCUUCGCCCUAUCUGGCCACUUUCACAUCCUUCUCGAUUACUGCUCAGGUAUGACCUAG